UGUGUGCACAUGUGUGUUUGGGUGGACUCCCACUGUAUAAUGGUGCCCCGUGUGUGACUGGGCUGACCACGACAACCAUACGCUCCACAGCGGGGACUCUUUUCUCAGCAUACAGAUGGUGUGAGGGGGAAAAGUUUUUCAGCUCACUCAGAUCCACUCUGCACGCAGCAGCAGCAGCAGCAGCAGCAGGAGAGGAGCUGAAGUACAACCUCAACCUGUCUCAGUCCAGGAUUUUUGCGGGUGUUGAUUGAUUACCUGUCACUGGAUUGGAUAAACUGGUCGAGCAUCACCACACACAUCACUGGUGAGGGAUUCAACGAGGCUGUUUGAGAGAUCAGAGCUGCUGCAAUGGAAGACCAGUGUGUGUCCCACAGCAGUCCCCAGCACAGCGGAGGUCCGGCCAGCGGCGACGUUCAGAGGCAGGGGCGGCCGAAUGUCAUCAGGUGUGGGUGGCUCAGGAAGCAAGGAGGCUUUGUCAAGACUUGGCACAGUCGCUGGUUUGUGCUGCGAGGGGACCAGCUUUACUAUUACAAAGACGAGGAGGAGACCAAAGCCCUGGGAGCCAUUUUCUUACCUGGAAACAAAGUCACAGAGCAUCCAAGCAGCGGCGAUGAAGGGGGGAAAUAUCUUUUCGAGAUCAUUCCAGGGGCAGACAGAGAGCGGAUGACAGCCAACCAUGAGACCUACCUUCUUAUGGCCAGCACCCAGAAUGACAUGGAGGAUUGGGUGAAGACAAUCCGAAGGGUCAUCUGGGCACCUUUUGGUGGAGGGAUCUUUGGUCAGAAGUUGGAGGAGACGGUGCGGUAUGAGCGCCGCUAUGGGAACAAGCUGGCCCCGAUGCUGGUGGAGCAGUGUGUGGAUUUCAUCCGGCAGUGGGGCCUUCAGGAGGAGGGUCUGUUCCGGCUGCCUGGACAGGCCAACCUGGUCAAAGAGCUGCAGGACGCAUUCGACUGUGGAGAGAAGCCCUCGUUUGAUUGUAACACAGAUGUGCACACGGUCGCCUCCCUGCUGAAGCUCUAUCUCAGGGAGCUGCCGGAGCCCGUCGUCCCCUUCCUCAAGUACGGUGACUUCCUGGCAUCUGCCAAGCUCUUCGGAAAGGAUGAUGAAAUGGGUAUGAAUGAGUUGAGACGGCUCGUGGAAAGUCUACCUCCAGUCAACUUCAACCUUCUCAAGUACAUCUGCAGGUUUCUAGAUGAAGUGCAGUCGUAUUCAGGAGUGAACAAAAUGAGCGUUCAGAACUUGGCCACAGUCUUCGGGCCAAAUAUCUUGAGGCCAAAGGUUGAGGAUCCAGUAGCCAUUAUGGAAGGUACUGUUCUGGUCCAGCAGCUCAUGGCCAUUUUGAUCGGCCGCCACGAUGUGUUAUUCCCUCACAGAGAAGACAGCCCCACUGCCCUCGAGCUCGUCAACAACAACAUCGAACAACCGCGGCGACAAGCCACCACAACUACCUCCACCGUCACGACAGUGUCUCAGAACGCCGAGAACAACAACACGCAGGUGGUCCGUCAGUGCGUCUGGGAAACACCUGAGUCUCCUUCGCACCGCCAACACAUAGAAAACAGUGUCUCCCCGCGGCCGUCAAGCCCUCGCAACGCUGUCACUGGACGCUUCGACAUCACCCGCAGCCCCCCACUGACUAUUAAAAAGAACCCGGCGUACAGUAAAGGCAGCGGGAUUGUCACAAACGGCUCCUUCAGCUCCUCGCCCUCCUCGGACCCCAAUCAAGAGAAGAGUCAGACUCUGAGUGGAGGAGGCAGUUUACCGAUUCGGCGCAGUGGGGCCCUCAAAGGCUCAGGCACAAAAAUGGGCACCAGCGGCGUGGCGGGUGGGAGCAGCACUGUAGGGAACGGAGCUGUGCGCAUGGGCGUUGCAGGCACUGAUGUGGUCACAGGGAGCCUGAGCGGCCGCAACAGUCUCUGGGCCCCAAACGGCUGCGUUACGUUACGGGUGAACAACAAAGCGCGUGACUGCUCCAACGGGGAACAUACCGCCAAUCAGAAUCGUCUGUCCACGUACGACAAUGUCCAGUUAAACCACCAGAACCUGCAGCUGCAGAACCAGAUCACCAACACGUGUCUGAACAGCAGCUGCGAGGACAAGCAGAGCGUCGACAGCGCCACCUGGUCCACGUCCUCCUGUGAAAUCUCUCUUCCCGACAACUCCACUUCCUGUCGUUCCUCCACCACCACCUGUCCUGAGCAGGACUUCUAUGGAGGUCACUUCGAGGACCUGGAUGGACCAGCUCAGGAUGCCGAACCUCCUCAGCCCGGUGGAGGAGCAGGAGAGGGGGAGGGCAGAAGCAGCAACAGGGAAGCAGGAGGAGACGGAGCAGGGAGGAGCAGCCGAGGAACCAGCAGUAGUGAGAAUAGUGACAGUUUCGCUGCUGCUAAUGGAGCCGGCAGCCACAGCGCUCUGCACAGUUUAGUGGCCAGUCUCAAACAGGAGAUGCACAAACAGAAGACAGAGUAUGAGGCCAGAAUAAAGAGCUUGGAGCAGCGUAACCUGGAGCUGGAGACAGAGAUGUUGAACCUCCACGAGGAGCUGGACCAGGAGAGGAAGAAGUACACCAUGGCCGAGAUCAAGCUGCGCAACGCCGAGCGUGCCAAGGACGACGCCGAGCGCAGAAAUCAGAUGCUGCAGAAAGAGAUGGAGCAGUUCUUCUCCACCUUCAGCGACCUCACCGCGACCGGCAACACCCCAGCCGCCGACCCCCGCCGGCCAGAUCGCACCAACGCCAUCUGGAUACAGUGAGGGAGGCCGGGGAACAUGGUGCUUAAAAGACUGUAAAAGACUGUGUAACACUCAAUAAUGUGAUGUGAACAUUAACCAGGCUCCAAACAGGAUUUGGCUGCUUGUUGUAGAAGGAAAAGUGGGAAGUUUCGUCAACGGCAUGUUUUAAUUUAAGUAAUAGGUGAUGGUGUCACCUGUAGAAAUGUAGACGUCACCUGGAGUGAUGUCAGAGUGACAUUGUAAAUACAACAUUAUUUAAACACUCGCCUACUCUCUUAGAAACUGUCGCGGUACCUGCUCUUCUGACCUGGUGGUGGAAUAAAGGGACUGUAAAGGGAUUUACAGUACUACCAUUAUUUUAUAUUAGCUCCUUGAGCCCGAUAGGAGGGACGAAUAAACAUUUAAAAAGGUUGUGAUCAGCGAAACAUGGAAAUAAAACACAAAGAGCUGACGACGAU